GACUAAAGCCUACCCCAGAAGACAUUAAGAUGUUGGACAGAGCUACUCCUUUCCUUUUCUUCCACUUUGUCAUGUGUUCCCUUUCUUCUCCUCUCUAUCCAGCACUCAGAUACAAUCCACUAUCCAUUUCUGGCAAAGCUGGGAACUUUCAACUACAAGAAAGCGGUCCUGUCCACAGCCACAAUCUUUCAGUAGAAGAGCAAGAGGAAGAGAACUUUCUCAGUAGCCCUGCUGAAAAAAGACUGCAGCGUCAUGCAGAUGCCAUAUUCACUGACAGUUACCGGAAAGUCCGGGGAAAGGUAUCAGCACGGAAGUUAUUACAGGGCAUUGUUGGGAAAAGACUUAGGGAAGGAAGCCUGGGAGAUGAGCAACAUGAAAUCUUGACUAGGCGCCAGUCUGAUAGCAUUAUGAUGGACAGUCGCUACCACCAGCAGAUGGUGCUCAGGAAUUUCUUGGGAGCAAUGUUACAGAAUCAAAAGCCUCAAGAUACUGAUAAGGACAAUUUAGAAGAUUUUGCCAGUGUUCUGAUCAAACUGAUGGAACUGUAGACUUCACCCCUUCCCUUUCUCAUUUUGGUAAAGAAAUCAACAGGACACCCCACUGUUAACUGUUACUACUGAAAUCUCACCUCCUUCUAUAAACAUAGAAGAACAAAACAAUGAAAGCAAAUGUUUAUAUAUGGAAUUGUUUUGUUUAAUUUAUGGCAGAUAAGACUGCUAAAUGUGUAGUAGCCUCAUUUCAGUUUCAAAAAUAAAUGGCCACUGUAGCAAAAUGCUAUAUUGAAAUUCUUUUAUUUUACUGAGACUCCAUAAUCAACAAUGUCAUCAAACUGAGAUAUAGAAAAUGUUUGUCAUAACUAAAACAUGAGGACUCUACUGUGAGUUUAAAUUGAGAAGUGAUAGUUUGAAUGGAAAGCAUUUAUUGAGUUCUGGCUUCAGCACCAUGGACAGCUUUCAAUUGCUAUGCAGUCUUGACACCGUGUAAAGAAUUUAUGCAAUCUGCAGACAGGUCUUCUGAUUCUUCACAGUGUACUUUUAGCUGUUUUUGAACUCAUCCAAGCUUUUCUUGCAUUUUUACACAAAAUAUGGGAAAGCCCUUCUAUAACUACUUGAGGCAUAAGUUUAGUAAUGUUUGCUUUAGAGAACCACAAUAUGAUAAAAGAAAUUGCAGUUGGCUAGACCUUUUGUCUUAUUCUCUUUAUUUCAUGAAGGAGGCGGUAGAAAAAAGAUUUAA